CGAUAGUGUUAGUGUAGCAGCAGGGUUUAAGUUAAGUUCAAUGGAAACGGUGCUCCCUCGCGCUGGCCUCGCUUUCUGCACUCCGCACCCAACAACGACACUACAACGUUUCACAAAACCUAACAAACUCCUCCGUUCAUCCUCCCGCGGCGGCGCUUCCUUAUCCGCCACCAGCAAAUGGGCGGAGCGCCUCAUUGCCGAUUUCCAAUUCCUCGGCGACGCCGCCACUUCCACCGUCACUCUCAGCCCCUCCUCCGUCCCUCCCAGCCUCGACCCUCCGGAGCGCUACGUCUCCAUCCCUCUCGACCUGUACCGAGUCCUCGGCGCCGAAUUACAUUUCCUCGGCGACGGCAUUCGCAGGGCCUACGAGGCCAAGUUCUCGAAGCCUCCUCAGUACGCCUUCAGCAACGACGCUUUAAUCAGCCGCCGCCAAAUCCUCCAAGCCGCCUGCGAAACCCUAGCGGACCCUGCUUCUAGAAGAGAGUACAAUCAAGGCCUCGUCGACGACCACGAAGACGCCGCCAUUCUCACUCAAAUCCCUUUCGACAAAGUUCCUGGAGCGUUGUGUGUGUUGCAGGAAGCUGGAGAGACAGAGCUUGUGCUUGAGAUUGGGCAGGGUUUGCUUAGGGAGAGGUUGCCAAAGACGUUUAAGCAGGAUGUUGUGUUGGCUAUGGCGCUUGCUUUUGUUGAUGUGUCAAGGGAUGCUAUGGCUUUGUCCCCACCGGAUUUCAUUGCGGCCUGUGAGAUGCUCGAGAGGGCGUUGAAGCUUUUGCUGGAAGAAGGAGCAACCAGCCUAGCUCCAGAUUUACAAGCACAAAUAGAUGAGACGCUAGAAGAGAUAACCCCACAUUGUGUUUUGGAACUUUUAGCCUUGCCUCUUGAUGAUGAACAUCGAGCACGGCGUGGGGAAGGUCUUCUUGGUGUCCGUAACAUUUUGUGGGCUGUUGGAGGAGGGGGUGCAGCAGCAUUUGCUGGGGGUUUCACCCGUGAAGACUUCAUGAAUGAGUCAUUCUUACACAUGACAGCGGCUGAACAGGUUGAACUUUUUGUAGCCACACCAAGUAAUAUUCCAGCUGAAAGUUUCGAAGCAUAUGGAGUUGCACUUGCACUGGUUGCACAAGCUUUUGUGGGUAAAAAGCCGCAUCUUAUUCAAGAUGCUGAUAACUUGUUCCAACAACUUCAACAGACUAAGAUUACAGCUGUGAGGAAUGCUCCCUCUGUUUAUAUUCCCAAGGAGAUUAGAGAGAUUGAUUUUGCUUUAGAAAGGGGUCUCUGUGCACUGCUUGUUGGGGAGCUGGAUCAAUGUCGGUCAUGGUUAGGACUAGAUACUGAUAGCUCUCCUUAUAGAAACCCAUCUAUUAUAGAAUUUAUUAUGGAAAAUGAAAAAGGUGAUGAGGACAGUGAUCUUCCUGGACUCUGUAAAUUGUUAGAGACAUGGCUGAUGGAGGUGGUUUUUCCUAGGUUUAGAGAUACAAAAGAAACAAGAUUCAAGCUUGGAGAUUACUAUGAUGACUCAACAGUGCUGAGAUAUCUAGAGAGGCUGGAGGGUGGUAGCCAUUCACCCUUAGCUGCUGCUGCAGCCAUAGUAAAAAUCGGAGCCGAGGCUACUGCUGUCAUUAGCCAGGUCCAGGCUAGUGUAAUGAAUGCAUUGAAAAAGGUAUUUCCUGUUGGUUCUGAAGAUCAAAUUGUGAAACAUCAAGUAAAUGGUGUGAAUGAGGAUUUUGGCUUUUCUGAAAGUGAGAAUCCUGUGAUAUUAUCAGAUCAGGAUUCUUCGGUCAAUGCUGAGGUUUCUGGAAUAAAAAAUACUACUGAGACAAGUGAAGGUGAAUUUAUUACUGAAGAAAUUAAAAAUGCAAGUGUGCAGAUCAUGUGUGCUGGUGUUGUAAUUGGACUGGUAACUUUGGUUGGUUUGAAGUUUUUACCUUCUAGGAAUGGCUUGCCCAUGCUUUGUAAAACGACUGGUUCAGCAAUGGCAUCGGAUACUAUCAACUUAGGUUCCUUGGGAGAUGAAGAAAAAGUAGAGCAGCUACCAAAAAUGGAUGCAAGGGUUGCUGAGGCUCUAGUUCGCAAGUGGCAAAGUGUAAAAUCCGAAGCUUUUGGACCUGAUCAUUGCAUGGGAAGGUUACAUGAGGUUUUGGACGGUGAGAUGUUGAAGAUAUGGACAGAUCGUGCUGGUGAGAUUGCAGAGCGUGGUUGGUCCUACGACUACACCUUGGAAGACCUCAACAUCGAUAGUGUGACCAUCUCACAGAAUGGGCGCCGUGCAGUGGUGGAAACAACUCUCAAAGAGUCUAUUCACCUGAAUGCCAUAGGUCAUCCACAACAUGAUGCUUCUAACAGCAGAACCUACACAACAAGAUAUGAGAUGUCUUUUACAGGUCCAGGGUGGAAAAUUGUUGAAGGAGCUGUCCUUGAGUCCUAAGUAGAUUAUGUAACUCGUAUGUAUAUCAGGUUAUCCCACUUCUGAUCACCCUACAACCACUGCCUAUAUGUGUUUUUUUUUUUUUGGUAUAAACGUUGUGCACUUUUCAAGCACGUACAACAGUCAAGCUGUAAAUACUCGCGGUGUUUGUCGUUACGAUUAUCCAGUUAGGAUGUCAAACCCCCUUUUUUACUUGCCUUUGUUUGGAAGGGAGGCUGAAAUGAAAUGAAAUGAGAUAAAAUGAAUAGGAAAUUUAGUAU